AUGGCUCUCAAGAUCAAGAACAUUGUUUCAAAGAAGGACAAGGCGCCCGUCGAGGAGGUCGAGGCUGCUCAGCUUGACGUCGACGUUGACCAGGUCGCGCUCGAUCACCAAAAGAAGGCCAUCGAGGAAGCCAAGCAGGUGAGUUGGUGGUGGCAGCGGUGUGGCCGUUUCAACCGGUGCACUUGAUUGACGCUGCAUAGCCACUCUCCACGCUGCAUGCAGGCCGAUGCUGCUGCUCUCGAAGCUGAGAACAAGGCGCGCACCGAGGCUGCCGAGGCGCUAGCCAAGGCCAACGCGGAGGCUGCAGAGGCCGAAGCCAAGGAGUACAAGGAAGCCGAAGACGCCGAGCAUGCCAGCGACGAGGCAGCCCUGCAGGCCGAGGCUGAUCAGAAAGCAGCAGCUGAAGCUGAGCGCCAAGUCUCUUUGGCGCAAAACGAAGCCGCGGCCGCUUUGCAAAAGGCCAAGGCUGCAGAGGAGGAGGAAAAGGCGGUCCAAAAGGCCAUUGCGGAGCACGAUGCUGCCGUCGCUGCUUUUGCCGCCGUGGCGAGCAAGAAGCUGGAAGAGGCAAAGGGCAAAGCGGAGGCUGACAAGUUCAAGCAGUUCGCUCAAGCUUCCGUAGCUCGUCGCAAAGCUUCCGCAAAGAUUGAAGCUGCCAAGAAAGCUGCGGAUGCAAAGGCUGCCAAAGCCCGCAUGGCGGCUGAGCGUCAAGCUUGGGAAGAGCGUCAAGCUAUCGAAAAGAAGGCUCACAAGGCUCACUUGGCAGCAGAGAAGCUGGCUGCCAAGGAGCGCGUGGCAGCUGAGAAGAAGGCGGAAAAGGAGCGCAUCAAGGCGAACAAGGAGGCAGAAAAGAGACGCACAGUGGCCAUCGAAGAUGCAGAGGCCGAACGUCUCGCCGCUCAUCUGCGAGAGGAGGAGGCCAGCCGCGUGGAGAAUUCGGUGGACGCUGGCGACGAGAUCGUCGCCCUGCCAGUCAACGAGACCUACUCCUCAUGGCUCUGGGGCCUCCUGUUUGGACAGCCUACCGUCGACGGCUCCGAGGCCAAGAAGGCGCUCGAGGGCGCAGAGCCAACGUCCACCGACGCGACCGAUGCGGAUGCCGCACCAGCAGCUUCGGGGUCUGCUCCUGCUCCCGUUGCCAGUGCCGCCUGA